UCAGACUGUAAGAAUGAGAGCAAAACAGGAUACCAGCAUUAAUGGUUAAUGUUGUAAAUUCAGGGGAAACUGUAAAAAAAGAAGAAUCCCAGAAGACUCAGGAACAUAUUAGACUGAAAAAGUAUCAGGGCACGCCCACGUAUCAGUCUGAAAAUCAUAGAAAUAGCUGAGCUGGCAAAAGAACAUUCCUGGCGAACCUUAAUACUGGAUUUGGUACAACUGAUUUGUCUUGAGGUACAUAACUCAGAAAUAUUCACUGUACUGCGUAUUUGCUGAUUUCAGUUCCUGAAGAAAUGAGAAUAAAAGCAUUCUGGCUUAAAGCAUUCUGGCUUGCAGUACUAAUCAUAGGACUUAUUGCAUUAAUGUGCUAUCUGUAUAGUCCUCCAAAUCGGUGGAACAUAUCAGUUGCAGGAGAAAUAUGUUCAGGGUUGACCCCAGAACAAAAUAUGAAAGUGUGUCUGGAGCAUCGAGACAAAAUGGUUAGUGCACAGACAAUCACUCCUGUAAAGAAAACAAAAUCAUUUGUAGUAUCUGCCUAUUUUGAUCCACGAAAAGACAGAAUUGUUCUCAUUGGCAUUUUAUACAGAUUAGAAACGAAAAAUUUCCAGUGCUAUUAUUUGUGCAGUGACUCAAUAUAUUCUAAAGCAACUGAAACGGUCAUUCACUCUGAUCAUUUUAAUUUUCCAUAUGGAACAGCAGAUUUUGUGUGUUCAUUACCACUUUACUGCAAAACAGAGUACAUCUUUAUUAAUGUAAAAGAUGACAGCAAAUUAUCAAAUCAGUUUUCAUUUUUAAAAGUUCAAAAUCUAAAUGCAUUAAAACAAAGUGAACAUGAUAGCUUUGAUUAUAACUUUACUGUCUGUCUCCCUGCCAUGUUUGGUGGCUAUGACAACACUUUACAGUUUGUGCAAAGUUUAGAAAUGUACAGGAUUCUUGGUGCAGAACAAGUAGUUUUAUACUACACUAACAGUAGUUCCAUAAUGCAGAAAGUAUUGAAGUACUAUCAACAAACAGGUUUUGUAAAGGUGAUACCUUGGCCAAUCACGUCAUACAUUAAUGUUUCACGAGGAUGGAUGUAUCCAGAUCAUGGAGGAGACCUUCAUUAUUAUGGUCAGAUUGUCACUUUGAAUGACUGUAUUUAUCGGAACAUGUACAAAAGCAGGUAUGUCAUGCUUAAUGAUAUUGAUGAAAUUAUACUCCCUAUUAAGCAUAACACAUGGAAUGAAUUGAUGGAUUUUAUGCUGAGGGCGAUGCCUGGAAAUUCUAUAUAUUAUGUUGAAAAUCACAUUUUUCCCUUUACAGUAUAUGAGGAAAAUGAUACAUAUGUUGCUAAGAAAUGGAGUGUUAUCUCUGGAGAUGAUCUUGAUAAACAGAAUAUACUGCAACAUACCUAUCGAGAACCUGACAGACCAAAUGUUUAUAACCCUACAAAGCUUAUUGUGAAUCCCAGAAGUGUGUUACAAACUUCAGUUCAUUCAGUGCUGGAAAAACUUGGGAAAGAAAUAAAGAUACCUUUUGAUGUUGCUCGAAUAUACCAUUUGAGAGUACCGUUGCAAUCUCAUCUACCCAAAGAAAAACUGAUAAAGGACACAUCACUUUGGAGGUAUAGUACUCUACUGAUUGAGCGUGUUAAUAAUGUUUUUAAAGCAUCGCUUCUGAACGAUAAGACAGAAAAUUCAGGGAUAAUGGAAGAAAACCAAGUAUGAGUAAGAGUUCAGCCUAUGGGCUCUAUGUACAGUACAGACUGGGCAGGCAGAGCAACUAGGAGGAGUCCACAUCUUAUCUGUAUUCAUGGCUCUAGUUGUUGUUGUUGUUGGGUCUUUUGGCUUUUCCCGGUUAGGGGUCACCACAGUGGAACUCUGGUCCACUA